CCAAAGAUUAACAAUCAUACAGCGGUACAGGCUCUCGAUACCACUUUCAACGCUUUGGCUGUGUACACGUGUCAUCAUGGGUACAAUACAACCAAUAAGACGGUGAUCACAUGUAUGUCUGAUGGUCGGUGGAGCGGAAAGGCACCAAUAUGCUCGGAUAUUGACGAAUGCCAAAACAGGAGGAGGCCUUGCCACUAUAACGCUAACUGUACCAACAUUGAGGGCAGCUUCAAGUGCGAGUGUCAAACAGGAUACAGAGACCUGGAUGGAGUCGGUGGACAGCGUUGUGCGGACCUGGACGAAUGUGCAUUUGGUGGAGACUUUUACUGUAGGCAAGCUUUGAACCAGACACGUGUAUGCGUGAACAUCGACGGUGCAUAUGUGUGUGUAUGCAACAAAGGAUUUACUGGAUCUAGCUGUGACUUAGAUAUAAAUGAAUGUGAUUACAAUACCUCGUGCGGUCCACAUGCGGUCUGUUCCAACACGUUCGGUGGUUACAAAUGCGCAUGUGCGGGUGGAUAUCCACAGGGAAACCCAUAUGUUGGAUGCUUCGUGCCAGUUCUACUGGAGUUCAAAGCAACAGGAGACAGAUACACAAAUAUAGACAAUGAGAUAAUCGAGGCUUACCAAAUAUCAAGAAGACUACCGUACUUCGGGGAAUAUGUGCAUUGGUUCAGGCCAAGUAUGGACGGAUUUAUAUCGCUAGAUUUCCAACCUUUAUACAACCAAUAUGGAGGGGAAAAUGCCAGCGAGUGGAAGACAGCUGUUCAGAACCAUAGGGUAAUCGCUCCAUUAUGGACUAACAUCGACAGCAGAAAUAUAACAGACGGUGGUAUGUGGAUCCAUGUGUUUACCGACCAUCAAAAGGACAAGGAAGACAUUAAGAAGAUUCAGGACCUUAUCCACAUGUACACCAACCAGACCGAGUUCAACGUCAGUGUUGCCUUGGUCGCCACGUGGAGACACGUGACUGUCCACUCGCCCUACGAACCCGGAUAUGAGCUAGUUAAACAUCAGAACUUGUCGAUGCAGUGCAUACUGGUGUCAGACGAGAUGAACACCUAUAUCAUGUUCAACUAUGACCAAGAACAAUUUAGUAUCAGACCAUUACCGGAAGUGCCUGUUGCUAGUGGUUACACUCAUGUGGAUUUCCAGGGCACCAUUCUGUCUGAUAGGCAUAACUUCACAAAACUUAAUCAAGAAACCAAUGUCAUUCCAGGACUCCAUGGACGAUGGUUGUACAACGUAACUGUUGUCACCGACUCCAUGCGAAAUGAAAUCAUGUGCCAAAGGUUUUACCGAGACAAUAAUGUCACGCUAAAAGCUUGGAUUCAGAACCAGUUGGAGUAUGCACUGCCCUGUCCGUGUCAGGAGGUGCUCAUGCUGGAGGACUACACAUUCACCCGCAAUGACUCCCUACGCCCUGGGUUUGGAAGCCACAUGACAUGCUACGAGUCCUGGUUCUUCAGCGCCUAUGGAAUCAAACAGAAAUGCUGCUACAUGUUCAGCAAACUGCAGUCUCAGUACCCGGGUGCAGUGGCGGCAGAGUUUGAAAACAAGACAGUUGCAGAAUUUCUCGAGAAAGGUUACAAUCAGUGCUGCUCGCCUGGUGUCCGCAAGAAAUACUGUAACCUGUACCAGGAGAUAAACCCGCCUGAUGACUGCUCAAGAUACACGAUAAGCGACGAGAUACCGCUAAAGGCAGACAUCAUGCAUGAUGACCUUGGUGUUGAGAAGCAACACGAGGACGCGGCGGGCGAGGGGAUGCUGGGUCACUUCGUCAGAAGUGUGCGAAAAAUGUUUGGACUGUAAGCUUGACCACAUACACAUGACAAUCAUUAACAAUGUAACCGAAGUGUGAAAAAGGGGGUAGUUAUUCUUAAUUGUGCAUAUAUGAUAUGUGAUGUAGCGUCUUCCAAUUAUAUGUUUUGUAAUUUGCACCUUAGUUCGAUCUAAGAAAUGUAUUUUUAGUCAAACGCUUUUGAUUGUAAUUUCUUUUGAAAUAUGCUUCACUUGUUAAGUAUAAUUUUCAGAGGUUUCAUUGGAAUACUGUUAUUUCUAGAUACACAGUGAAUGUAUGUUUAUUACAUGUCUUGUCAGCGGGAACAAUGUGACAAUUUUUUGUAAACCUAUAGGUAAACGUACCGCAGAUGUCAGCAUGAAUGGAAAAAUGACUGGUGUAAUCUGUGUUUCUAUUUGUUUGCUGUUAAGUAUGUUACUUCUUACACGAGGAAGUCAGUGCAAUUUGUAGUACAUUAGUCAUACUUUGGAUUCGUCUAAAGGUGGUCUGCUAAAUUUAAUAAAGAUAACUUAGUUAAA